AUGGGGAUAAACGAAGGCGAAAUCGGAUCAAGUAUCAUAACUCCAAGGCGUGUUUCAAGCAGAUUGGUCACACCUUCUCGGAUCUUAACUCCUGCGCGAGCUGUGUCAGAAUUUAACCAUGGCAAUUUGACUCAUAGGCAGGCAAUAGACGCGGUAAUACGGUUUAGAAUUAACUCAAUGUUGCAUCAAGUAAGAGAUCGCAUGUUGGUGGACAAGGAGGGGAAUGUGAGGCCUGCUAAGCAGCCUUAUCAUGUUAGGGCAAAGAAAUAUGGCUCAAAAAUUGAGCAUGAAAUAUCGGUAUAUCAAAAAUCAACUCAUUUCCUCAUUCCCCGGGCAAUUUUUGCCCGUGUCGUUAAGGAAAUCGCACAAAGGUGUUAUAUGGGCGAAGGAAAUAUUCAAUUUACUGUUGAAGCCCUUGCAGCGCUUCAAACUGCAGCGGAGGAUGAAAUCAUUCGAAUACUUGAGAUUUCAACUGCUUGUUCUCACCACGCCAAAAGGGUUACUUUGCGGGUCGAUGAUAUGAGAUUAGCUAGGUUUUGUAGGGGUAGGCAACCGUACGAAUUUGUUCCCCUUAAACCCUAA